UAAAGAACUUCCGUUAACUUACUUGUGCAGUAGAUUUGUCGCACGUUUUUUGUUCUUCUCGUUUUAACAUACGAUAUUUUUAAAGUUGUUUUAUUUCUAAAUAUAUUUGGAAAAUAUGCCUAAAGUUAAAGUUUGUGUCCAAGAAUCUGAUGAUACAAAAAAGGUUGCUGAAUUUAUUGAGAAAUGCAAGCGAGAUGCUGAAGGGCUUGUGAGAGAAGUGUUCCCUAAGAAGAUAUUGGAACUUGAAGCCAUUCACAAGGAGUUGGCAGAAAAAGAUUUUUGCAAAUUGACUUGCGACUUAAAUAUUCCGAUUCCUGAACCAAUCAAAGAUGAAGAGCCUGAUAAAAAGAAGAGGAAAGUAGAACAUUCGGCUGUCAAUGGAGAAUAUGUGAAGGGUACGGCCGUGAUAGUGUUUCCAAAUGGGUUGUCACCAUGCAACCGAUCUUUACGGAAACUCUGCGACAAGAUGAAGCCCUUGAUAAGAGGUCUUAUAGAACAUUCCAACAAGAUUAAGAUGUGGAUAAGCUUUUUAAUACCCAAAAUAGAAGAUGGCAACAACUUUGGUGUGUCUAUACAGGAGGAUACCAUGGCAGAAGCGAGGCAAGUGGAGAGUGAGGCUGCCACAUAUCUCGACCAAAUUUCACGAUACUACAUCACAAGAGCGAAAAUAGUUUCCCGCGUUGCCAAAUAUCCACACGUGGAGGACUAUCGGCAAGCAGUUAAGGAGUUGGAUGAAAAGGAGUUUGUUUGUUUGAGGCUGACAUGCUGUGAGCUUCGCAACCAUUAUGCUAGCCUUCAUGAUAUUAUACACAAAAACAUGGACAAGAUAAAGAAACCACGGAACGCUAACAGUGAGAACUUGUAUUGACACCUGUGAAGGGCGACAUCAAAGUGAUUGACUGCAUGAUAACACGAAUAACAAGAAGCAGGAGAAAUAUAUUUACUGUCACAUCUAACUGUAAUAAGUGGUUAACAGGCUUUCAAGUAUGCCUGUAACUCUUUAUAUGGAAAGAGGUCCUCAUUUUUAAAACUUUCUUAUUUCAGCAAAAAAACAAAGGCAAGACAUACAACAACUGUUAUAGGAAAUAGAAAAUUUAAAAAAAACGGACUUAAGGGAAAGCAUUGUUUAAUAUUUACAACAUUUUCUUGUAAAUUUUUGUUUUCUUUAAGAUGAUCUUUAAAAGUAUAAUGGUUAUUGAAUGUUCAUUUUAAAAGGCCCUCAAUUUUUAUUUAAACAGUGUUAGCAAAAUUGUUAUUGUGGGGUUUUUGUUUGUACCAUAGAUAAGAUGUUGAUUUCAGGAAGUGACAGGAAAGCUACAGUAGUCCUGCUAAAUCGGUUUCCAAAAUUUGGAAAUGAUGGUUUAGGGUAUCAAAAUAAAGAAAGAAAGGUUAUUUUCGAAUUGUUGGGGGUUUUUUUUUCAAAAAAAUAUUGGUGCAAUUUUGUUUCAGUUGAUAUUGUGCUUGAUAGCUUGUGGUCAGUGGCCUGCUUAAAAGAAUUGCCUAGUGGUCACUCUGUCUUUGACCAUUUUUUCCCCACAAAAUAAGGUGCUGGCAAUUGCCAUUAAUACUGUUAUUAAAUAGUGAAGAAAGAAACAUUUGUGAAGACCACAGAUGAAUACUGUCGCAUGGUUCUUUGGUGAUGCAGUCUGUAGAAUGUUGCCUCUUUUAAUCAAAUGUGUAAAUAUGUGUCAUCUGUUUUCAGCCUCACUGUGCCGGUAUAAUCCAUUUACAUGUUAUCUUCAUUUCAUUUAAGGUCGUAGGAAAAUUGUUUACUCUAAUCUGAACUGUUAAUAAAAGUUGCCCUACUAGUUUUCUUUUUUCAGUCAUUCAUUUUCUUUAAAGAAUUCUCAGAUGAAAUCAUUAAAGGUGCAUAUUGACUACCCCUGGGUUAAAAUGUAGGUUACGGCAAAUCAUAGUUCUUUUACACAUAUAUCCGUGUUUGUUUUAUUUACAACUUGUAACAUACUUAUACAGUUAUAGGAUAUUAAACGAGCUUUCAUUUCAUAUCAUGUUUACAUGUAUGUUCCAAGUGAAAUAAAAUUCAGUUGUCGCGAGCUUUAGCGAGUGACAAUGAAAAUUAUUUCACAUGGGACAUAAACAUGAUACCAAAUAGUAGAGAGUUUAAUAUCCUAUUUAUUACCCAUAAUUAAUCUUAAUUUGUAUCACUCGACUUGUUUGGUUGGCGUUCCUGUACGGUUGUAGUGCGCCAAUUGAUGUCACCAAGUGUUACAUCCCACUUGGCGUAUCACUUUGGUACAUGUAUGUACAUAAAUAUUUUUAACCAUAUGGGUCAUAAUUCUUUCUAUCUUUUUCUGAUUACUCAUUUCUAAGAAAUGUUUUUCAGCAUUCAAAAUGUUCUGCUAUCAAUACGAAUCUGUAACUGGAUAUUCAAAUGUUUGUUAAUUCUGAUGAGAAUAUCUUUGUUAAUAAAUAAUGUUAAGAUUAUUAUAUAACAGAACAUGUUAAGUAGAUAAGUGGCUUGAAGAAUAUUGGAAAAGCUUAUUAUUACAGUAAUACUGUUAAUAUUACAACUGGCAUUGUGUGAAUGAGGCAUGUUGAUAGCUUUUCAAUUAAUAUUUUGGUGUUAGCAAGUUAAAACAGAAAGAAAUUUCAAAAUAUAACCCCAUACGUUACUAUUAAUAACUAACCUUAUUACUUGUAAAUCAUUACCAAAACUAAAAAUAUUAAUAAAAUUCUGAAAACACCUUUGCAUGUAGUUCAUUUACUUGUACCAAAACAAUAAACCACUAAAAGAUGAAUAAGUAGUUAGUUAACCACCUUCAUUUCAGACAUCAUUUGUCAUGGUGCUGCUGUUCAAUUAUAUCAAAUAUGUUUGUAUAAGGUCCAUCCUGGUCAAUAGUGUAUCUGUAUUUCAUUGCCUUGUAACCUUAUGUCCUCAUGUUCUUUUUCUUUAUUUUCCUUUGUUUUUCUGACUCAAACCUCUACAGUGCUUCCUGGAUUUACAUUUUGUGUGAAAAGUUUUCUGAUGGACUUGUCUAUGAUAAAUCAUUCUAAAAUCUGUAUCAAAAGAUAUCCAUGGGUUUUUAAUCUACAGUUCUUCCUGAAUUUACAUUUUGUGUGAAAAGAUUUCUGAUGGACUGACAUUUAGGUCUAUAAUAAAUAAUUCUAAAAUCUGUAUCAAAAGAUAUCACUGGGUUUUUAAUCUAUCCUGUUGUAUAAUAGCAUUGCUACUAACUGCUAACUGUGUACAAAGCCUGAACUUCACAACCAGGAGCCCUAUGUGAUUACAUUUUAUUCAUCUUUCAGAAAUGAUUCUUUAAUUAUCUUUUACAUUUUAUUUUGCUUACAUCAGUUAGUUUUACUUAACACUGAAUAUGGUUUAGCAUGUCAGUCCACAGUAAUCUUGUUUCACUCAUUAAGACUACAACAAUAAACGGGAAUUAGUUUCUUGUGUAUUGAAUCGUAUCACGCACAUGUAUAGACUAAGUAAUUUCGUUUCUGGGUCUGUCGCAACACAUAGUGAAAGAAAAGGAAUGUGUGUUUACCUGGAAACAUUGUUUUGGUCCAUUUUCCAUAUGUACAGUUUUUGACACAGUACAGGUGUAGUUCCCAAAACCCAGGCUGAUCAUAUGAAACCAAUGCUAGAAUCCAUUUUAGGAUGCAUCCAUUUUCUAAGUUCUGUGCUCACACAAGAAAAGUUAGAAGUUUGUUUUCGUUUAACGACACCACUAGAACACAUUGAUUUAUUAAUCAUCGGCUAUUGGAUGUCGAACAUUUGGUAAUUUUAAAGAGGAAAUCCACUAGUUUUUCAUUCACGGCAUCUUUUAUAUGCACCCUCCCACAGACAGAAUAGCACAUACCACAGCCUUUGAUGAUACCAGUCGUGGGUGCUGAUAAGAAAAACUGCUUCUGGAAAAUAGCCAUUGAAGUGUGAGGUGUAAUGCUACUACCGCAUAGAUUAUUUAUAUCUGUUAUUAUCAUCUAAUAUGUUCAGAUACAGGCACAUUAUAUACCAGAACAUGUUGCAAGGCAAACAUGGAGUGGUGGAUGGAAUGGGAUAUAACCUAAUUAAGGGGGAUCGAUCCAGUUACCUACUGCACUUGUACACCACUCUACCACACGCUCCAUCAACGUUUCUAGGUCUUAAUUUUUUUCUGAAUAAUAAGACAUUAAAUAACAAUGCUAAACUGAUAUAUGUAGAUAUAUGUUUUUUUAAAAUGAUGUUAGAGUCAGCACUAUGUGUUGGGCAGGUUCCUAAAAUUACUCUCUUUUUUUUAUUGUUUAGGUUCUGGUUUCUUUGAAUAUAAAUUAGUGGUUGUUCAAUGGUACUGUAUUGUUAUCAUCAUUAUCAACCAGUCAUCACAUUGUUUAUCACAUCUUGUAUGUCUUUUCAUGUAUAGUAAAAUGAGAGACUUGUU